AUGCUAGCCGAGAAUCAACCGUGUAAAACUUCCAGGUACAGGGAGGGAGAUAUAGGGUCAGAGGCCACCAAGGCUUCUGAGCCGUCCAAAGCACUGGACUCUGACUCCGAGAUAUGGGAGGCAAUGGAGAAGGCUACGGUGGAGUUUGGGCUCUGUCCUAAUCGCGUAUGGGCAGCAGUUCGGAGUCAUCAACAGAGGGAGAAGAUUCUCCCACAUCUGAUGGAUCGUCGCACUAAUGAACCUAUGAGGGGCCAUGAAAACCACAACCAGUGUGGCUUUGAUUUCUGUGAACAUUCACAGCGCGACUUCACAUCGGUGGUGCAGCGACACGAAUUGGAAUCUUGCGCGGACUAUCCCUGCAAACGCCUCCGCGAUCGUUUCCCAACGGAUCUCUUAGAAGAGGCUGUCAAGGCCGGAAAAUUGACUGCGUGGAAGUUGGAUGGGAAGUCGUUGGUCGAACCGCCCCAGACAUUUAUGGCCAUUUCGCAUGUGUGGUCAGACGGGACCGGGACAGGAGGUUUGAGCCAAGGCGGGAUCAACCAAUGUCUAUAUAACUACUUCAAGGGCAUUGCUGAACGGUUGCAAUGCGAAGGAAUAUGGUGGGACUCAAUCUGCAUUCCGAGAGAAAAGGCUGCUCGCAACAUUGCCAUAAACCGGAUGCAGAGCAAUUAUGAAGUGGCGCGAGUAACAUUGAUUCACGACUGCUAUCUGCGAGAAUGGGAGUGGUUUGAUGCUGAAACGGCAUGCUUCGCUAUCAUUAUGUCGCCUUGGUUCAGUCGUGGCUGGACAGCGUUGGAAUUGGCCAAGUCACGCAAGGUUAAAGUCAUUUUCAAAGACUCAAUCAUAAAGGACCUUGAUGAGGAUAUUCUUGUUAAGCCCGGUACCAAACCCAUCAGCAACCGCCAUCGAAUUGCAUCGGAGAUGAUUGCCAACUUGAGACAAGAGACAAUCACGACGAUCAACGGCCUUCUGCAAAUUCUUCAUUCACGCCAUACUUCAUGGCCAAGAGAUAUGGCCAUCAUCUCCGGCCUUUUGACAGGAAUCGAAAUCAAGCCUGACGCUUUCCAGCAAAGAAUUUACGCUGAUGUGCUGACCAAGAUCGGCAAGCUCUCUCACGUACACCUAUUUCACAAGUCACCAACUAUGUCAGAGGGGUUCAGUUGGUGCCCAACAAGUCUACUCGACAUGCAAAUAUCUCAAACCGAGCCGACUCUCAAACUCCAUGGCAACGGAGACAUUACUGGUCAAUGGAGAAUCAUUCGCCGACCCUCCAGUAUCCCCAAGCAAAAUUAUAACUGGAAGGAUGUACAUCCUUUGAUUGGAGCGAGGCUGCGUUCAGCUUUGCUGGAAAUAGGGGAUUACCAGCUUCUAGUAGAACCCGACGAUCAUGGACCUGGUUUCGAAGCUACGAGCAAAGUUGGAGUAACCCGUGCACUGCUGGUGAAAUCUGUGGAAAUUGGGACGUCGAGUAAAUAUCAAUAUGUGGGUUCGGUUUAUUUUAAAGCCCCAGUCAUAAUGCAGGAGAGUGAUGAGUCUGGGAUGCCGUCCUUGGAGGCAACUAUAUGUAGUUCCAAGGAAGCCUCGAAUGUGCCUAGGAGGCGUUUCAGUAGAGACCAGAUCAUCAAACACCUCAGUCCUGAAGAGAAUGGGAGAAAGCUAAUAUUGGCGUCCAGGGUCGGAGACGACAAGGAGGUCUGCCGACUUGUGGAGAUUGGGGCUAACUCAAGCUGGGAGGAUGAACGUACCUGGACAGCCUUGCACUACGCAAGCUGGCUAUGUUAUGACCGUGUGGUUGAAACACUUAUUGGCAGCUCUGGUCACUCAGCCCUGGAUCACCUGGGACAGUCUGCAUUACAUCUUGCAUCUGAGCGAGGUAGUCAAAAGAUAGUCGGCCUACUGCUUGCUCGAGGCGCAGAUCCUAACAUCCAGGACUCGAAGGGCCAGACAGCGCUACAUCGAGCGGCCUGGGGGAGUUGUACACAGAUUGUCGAACAGUUGUUAUUGGGAGGAGCCGAUCCAAAUAUUCAAGACUCGGUAGGGAAGACAGCACUGCAUGUUGCGGCACAGUACAGUCAUAUUGAGACGGUGCAGUUGUUGGCAAAUGGAGCUUCGAAUCUCUACAUUUCUGAUUGUCAUGGGAACCACCCGUUACACGUUGCCGCUGAAGCGGGGGAUAUUAUUAUAUUGCACCUUCUUCUAGAUGCGGGAGCCGACCUUUCUGUGUUAAAUUCUGAUGGGUGGAGGGCUUUGCACUUAGCAGCGGCAAGAGGGCAUGACGCAAUCGUGCGAAUGCUCCGAGAAAAGGAUGCCAGUUUGGUAUGCUCUGAUACUUGGAAGCUGCUGCAGUCAGCAGCUAAAGGAGGGCUUGAAUGGGUUAUCCACGAAUUGUUACGUGAUAACGAAGCAGAUAUAUGCAUUACAGAUUCAGAAGGGCGUUUGGCACUUCACAGAGCAGCCGAGGGAGGGAGUGAAAUCGUAGCAAGACAGCUGCUUGAAAAGGGGGUUGAUAUCGACUCAAAGGAUCGAAACCGUCGGACACCGCUCUCAUGGGCGGCCCAGAACGGACAUGAGGCUGUCGUUCGGUUGUUGCUUGAGAAGGGUGCUGAUCCUAACUCAAAGGACCACAAAGAUAAGACACCUCUAUGGUGGGCAGCGGGGAAUGGACAUGAGGCAGCCAUUCGAUUGCUGAUUGAAAAUGGUGCCAAUUAUAAGUCGAAGGAUGAAUACGGCCGGACGCUAAUAUGGUGGGCGGCUGAAGACGGGUACGAGAACGUUGUUCGGCAACUGCUCGAGUAUGGCGAUAUUGACCUGAAAGAUGAAUACGGACCACUGUUGCGUAGGGCAGCUGAGAAUGGGCACGAGACAGUAGUUCAGCUGCUGGUUGCCAAUAGUGCUGAUCCUAAUUCUAGCCAGACUAUGCUGUCAUGGGCGGCUGAGAAUGGACAUGACGCCGUCGUUCGGAAACUGCUCGAGAACGGCACUGAUCCUAUGUUGAAGGAUAGUUCGGGCCAGACGUCGUUAUGGCUAGCGGCCAAGAAUGGACACGAAGCUGUUGUUCGGCUGCUGCUUAAGCAUCGUGCCGAUCCUAACUCGAAUGGCGUCGACUCGCCGCUGCGACGGGCGGCUGAGAAUGGAUAUAAAGCUGUCGUUCGUUUGCUGCUAGAGAGUGGUGCUGAUCCUAAUUCUGGGCUGAAUUUUGCUGCCAAAAAUGGGCAUAUAGCUGUUGUACGACUGCUCGUUGAGAAUGGCGCCGGCCACAGUCUGAAGGACGACCGUGGUUGGACGCCGCUGCACAUGGCGGCCGAGAGCGGGCACGAGGAUGUUAUUCGUCUGCUAUUAGAGAAGGGCGCUUGUAUAGAGUCAAAGGACCAUGAGGGCCGGACGCCCUUGUGGUGGGCCUCCAGAAACGGACAUGAGGCUGUCAUUCAGUUGCUGCUCAAGAAUGGCGCUGAGCUUUGUAUAAAGGAUGACCACGAUUGGACGCCCCUGCAAAUGGCGGCUGAGAACGGGCAUGAAGAUGUCGCUCAGCUGUUACUUGAGAACGCUGCGGAUGUAGAGUCAAAGGAUCGUGAAGGCCAGACGCCGCUGCGAAAAGCGGCUGAGAAUGGGCAUGAGGGCAUCGUUCGACUGCUAAUCAAAAAUGGGGCUAAUCCUAUGUCGAAGGAUAAAUUUGACGGGACACCACAUUGGUCGGCAGUCAAGAACGGACACAAGGCAGUUGUUCAGCUCCUGCUUGAGAAUGGCCCAGAUCCUGGACCGAGGGCUGACAACAACAUUAGGACACUGUUGGUGUGGGCGUCCGAGAACGGACACGAAGCUAUUGUUCGGCUACUGCUCGAAAAAGGUGCCGACUCGAAGGGUAGUAACUGGCCGUUGUGGUAUGCGGCAGAGAAUGGACACGAAGGUGUUGUUCGUCUGCUGCUCAAGAACAGCGUCGAUCCUAAUGACCUUCAGCGGCCACUGUUAGGAGCAGUUGAUAACGGACACUUGGAAGUUACUCGGCUGCUGCUUAAAAACGGUGCUGAUGUAGAGUCAGAGGACUACUUCAACAAGCGACGGCCGUUGUGGAUAGCAGCCGAGAAGGGAAACGAGGCUGUCGUGCGGAUCCUGCUUGAGAAUGGUGCAGAUCCUAGAUCAAAACAUAGCAACGGCGAUACAGCACUGUCAUCGGCGGCCAACAAGGGGCACGAACCUGUCGUACGACUGUUGCUUGAGAAUGGCACCGACAUAGAGUUAACGGACCAAAAUGGCAAUAAAACGCCGCUAUGGUGGGCGACCACACGUGAACAUGCCGCCGUCACUCGGUUACUGCUCGAGAACGGCGCCAACGCUAAGCUGAAGAAUGCACACGGCGACACACCACUGCAUGAUGCGGCGCGAUACGGUAAUGAGGCUGUUGUUCGGUUGCUGAUCGAGAACGGCGCUGAGAUAGAGUCGGAAAACUGGCGUGGCGAAACGCCGCUACACUGCGCUACGGGAAAUAGGCGCGACAUUGUAAAAGUAUUGUUGGAGAACGGCGCCAAUAUCAAGUCGAAGGAUGAACAAGGCCAGACACCGUUGCAGCGAGCGGCGAGAGAGGGGAAUGAGGCCGCCAUUCGGCUGUUGCUUGAGAAGGGCGCUGAUCCUAACUCAAAGGACCACAAAGAUAAGACACCUCUAUGGUGGGCAACGGGGAAUGGGCAUGUGGCUGUCAUGCGGCUGUUAAUCGAGAAUGGCGCUGAUCCUAAGUUGAAGGAUGAGCAGGGUCGGACGCUGAUGUGGUGGGCGGCUGAGAACGGACACAAGACUGCUGUUCAGCUGCUCAAGGAUUACGGCAUCUCUAUGGAUGAAUACAUCGUCCUGCUGCAAAGAGCAGCUGAUAAAGCAUUUGAAAUCGGAGACCGUUUUAUUUGGGGUAGCGGCUAA